AUGCGGCGCUCCGGGAAGAGGCGGCGGCGGCCCCCGGCGGCCCCGGCCCCGGCCUUCCGGGGCGGCGGCGGCGGCGGCAGGGCCGGCGGCGGCGCCGGGCCGCAGGCGCAGGAGGAGAAGGUGGUGUACUCGCGCUCGCAGCUGUCGCUGGCCGACACCACCAAGGCGCUGGGCGAAGCCUUCAAGCUGUUCAUGCCGCGCAGCACGGAGUUCAUGAGCUCGGACGCGGAGCUCUGGAGCUUCCUGUGCAGCCUCAAGCACCAGUUCUCCCCGCGCAUCCUGCGCAGCAAGGACGUCUACGGCUACGCCUCCUGCCGGGCCCUGGUGCCCGAGCCGCCCGCGCCCCCCGCCCGCGGCCCGGCGCGCAGGCCGGCGGCCCGGAGGGCGGCGCGGAGGAGGCGGCGCGGAGCGCGGGCGGCCGCCGCCCGCAGGAGGAAGCCGCCGCCGCCGCUGCCAACGCCGACGCCGUCCGCGCUGUCCCCGCCGCCGCCGCCGCCGCCGCCGGGCCCCGGGGAGAGCCGCGCGGCCGAGCCCGGCGCCCUCGGGCCCUGCUUCGGCGGCCGCACCCUGGAGGAGAUCUGGAGGGCGGCCACCCCGACGCUCACCACCUUCCCCACCAUCCGCGUCGGCGGCGACGUGUGGGGCGAGCGCGGCCUGGCGGCGGUGCGGCGCCGGGCGCGCCAGGUGCUGCGGGUGAACCUGGAGCCCGUGGUGAGGCUGCGCCGCUUCCCGGUGCCGCGGGCGUGA